AAAGCAGUGUUAUUGUUACAAUGUGCUGAUCCCGCAUGACUCUUCAUUUUUUUCCCCUUCUACGUCACAAAAUGGGCCGUGGUGGCAUGUAGACGAGCCCUAACGAUCGAGCAGGCACAUGAACGACUGGGGGCUGGCGCCACUACAAUCAACCAAUCAGAACCAUUCACCGGCUUCAACACAGACACACACGGUUGUGGCACUUUUCCUUCCUUAAAACUGUAAAAAUUCUCGAACGUAUUCGUCAGUGAACCAUCAACUCGUGAAAACAAUACAUCCUUACCAAACUACCAGAGGAUAUACUUCUAAACUAAAGCAACAGGACCAUGCGCACGAAAACCAUUCGAUGUCCAUCAACGGGUACAAGACGUACGCGUCAGGCAGUUGUUGACAGUCGAUCGCUUGCCACCGAAACAUCAGUCAAGACCAUAAACAAAGACGUUGUCGUUAUCGGUAAUGGACCUUCUGCCAUCACCCUUUCUUAUCUCUUGUCCGGCCGUUGGCCCUAUUAUAAAGGUAUGGACGCAUUAGGGCAUCCGCCAGACUUCCUUCAUGCUAGAUUGGAGUCUAAACCCAAUUGCUCCUUGGUUCUUCAGGAUCUGAAGGAAUUGUCUGAGGGGCUAGAAGGGAGGUCGAGCAAUCCCGUUGCUCUUCUGUACGACACGUUGAAUCAUCCUGAUGCAGAUACGGGUCAAGAUCUGCCAUCCCUUCUUUCGUGGAAAAAUCAUCCCGAACACGCCAUUGAUCACGUGGUUCUUGGCAGAGGUCCCCCCGGGGGAUCGUGGCAGGCAAUGGAGGGGGACGUUUUGACCAUAAGCCGAGGUACUUGGAUGGAACUGGCAAACUUGAGUUUCCGGGAAUGGGAGGAAACUGCGUGUGAACGGCAACUUGGAAUUCGACAGAAACGAGCUUCAGUUAAGCACGUUGCUCAGUAUUAUCAUGAUUAUGUCAACAUCAAAGGGUUGCGACCAUACUUCCGCGAUUCAGCGGAAGUGACAUCAGUUCGGCGACUAGAUCAAGUAAAAAAUGUUCCAGCCGAAAGUUACGCUCCCAAACUUUGGCAAGUAACGGGUCACGUUCGAACGGCGGAAGGAUUAGAAAAUUUUCAGUAUGUGACACCCAAUGUGGUUCUAGCUAUCGGGGGCACUGACCGACCCAAUAGUAUGAACGUGGCCGGCGAAAAUCUACCUUUUGUUAUCAAAUCUUUACAAGCGAUGGAAAAGCUUAUUUCCAGCCAACAAUUGAACAGACAAAGUGAACCGGUUCUAAUCGUCGGCGCUGGCUUGUCUGCUGCAGAUGCUAUUAUUGCCGCCCAUUUUCAUGGAAUUCCCAUUAUACACGUCUUCCGACGUAAGGCUACAGAUCCUAGCCUAAUUUUUGGCCAGCUACCUUCCAAUAUGUAUCCAGAAUACCACAAGGUCUAUCAGAUGAUGAAAGACAACGGUAUGACAUACACCGGAUACACCCCGAUGGAACAGUGCCAAAUUGUGCGUAUUCAGAGUGAUGGCAAAGUCUGCCUGCAAGGACCCGACUAUUCUACUAAAAUCAAAGUAUCCUUCGUCGUGGUAUUAAUAGGCUCGCGACCCAGUUUAAACUUUCUGGAAAAUAAAGGACGUGAUUUAACCGUGGACGUGACGAAACCGAUCUCGUGUCGCAACAACCCGCUUGAUGUAGACCUGUUCACUCUCGAGUCGAACAAGCAACCUGGGAUCUACGCUAUGGGUCCUCUGGUUUCAGAUAAUUUUGUUCGUUUCGCCCAAGGAGGCGCAUUGGCUAUCACUAGAGAUAUUCACACGAAAUUAUCUCGUUUGAAGGCCAAAGAAGAAAGUUUUAAUUCGGCCAUCCCUAGUGUCACCGCAGAAUCGGUGAGCUAUCUUGAUUGUCCAACGUGACAAGAGACGUCCAUAGCUUUUUGAUCGGGGAGAAUAAAACCGUACCUGGUGCUUCGGUAUUGGAAUAGAGAACGCAAUAAUUUCCCUGGUUGUAUCAACAGUCGCCGUUACGAUGUGUGAUUAUCUGAUAGUUUAUUUUUUAUUUUUAAAGUUAAGCUUAAAAUAUCACCCAACUUUAACUUUAUUUCAACGAGUGCUCUACUAGUCUUCGUUGCGCCUUCUCUCGACCUAAAACUCGUUUUCUACUACUCCCAUUUUUAAAACAAUUGUUGAAGAAUGCAAUUUCUAUUGUUAAUUUCUUUGGAGGAAUUGUCGAAAUUAGAGCUUGCGUCUUAAUGGCAUCGUUUUGGUGCUCUCCUGCGUGUGCUAACUGAAAACAUUUUUCAAAGAAAUUUGAUUGUUUUCAGAACAACACUUUAGUAAUACGUAAAAAGAGCGGUUUUAACGUUCUGUACUUUCUUAUUUUGUGGCAUAUUAAACCAUAGAAUGACCAAUAAAAUGUUGAGCCCCUAGUUAAUGAGAGGGUUAGCUAAGUAUAUGACUCAUAACUGUCCACGUAUACGUUAUGCAAGGAAGUUAUAAUACUUCAAUGGAAACAUAACGAAUUCAAGCAUUUUACCAGUAUCAACUUAUAAACAUAUAUGCAUUUAACACAAGUACAUUUCCAGCAGUUCAAUACAUAUUUGGAAAACAAA